UCAACGCUUAUUUUAGUGGAAAACCAAUAAAGCAAAAGUUUGUUGCUCUGAAUUGCUGUGAACCGAAUCAAUUUUAGUUUUAGAUUGAACCUGGAUGCCGAAUAAUUCACACGCUUCACGUGUGAAUGCUGAAUACACGUCAAUACUUAUAAAAUGUACCAACGAUUUGUGCUAAUCCUGAUUACGAUCAUAAACUCAUCGAGUGCAAGAUCCAGUGAAGAAAGCCGUCACUUCGCGCCAUUGCUUCUAUUCCCACGGGCAUCACCCACCCGUUAUCAAUUUAUCAGCGGAAUCGGAAUUCCUCUCGGAACGCCUGAAUCCAUUAUCAGCGGAUGGGUUAUGAAGGCUCAGUAUUUUCUGCCGGCCUCAAUCGAUGAUCUGAAACCAACCUACCUAGAAGGAUGGAACGACAGUCGAAGAUCCUUUGAAAAGCGGGAAGCUACAAACGUCACACCACUGGAGCACUACGAAACCUACCAAGCCGAUGACGUCAAGAUUGAAACGGAACCUUUGGCGGAAGAAGAUGACGAUCAAUUCGAGGAUGCCGAUGACGAUUAUCAAUCCAAAUUGGAGGAAGACUCUAUCCAGCAGUCUUCAAACUUAGGCGAAGAUUUCGAAAAUGAAGGAUAUAAUACGGAGCAGUCACGCUGGACAACAUACAAAGCAUUGGAACAGAUCGGAGCCAUCUACGGCGCUGGUGGGCGGGAAUGUGUAUUGCGGAGCAUCUGCGAGGCAGCUAGUGCCGAGUUCACCCACACCGGUGGAGUAUUUGCUGAGCUGCUGCACAUUAUAUUUACGCCAUCGACCACAACGGAGGUUCUAUCAGAUCACAACGACAACGAGUACUACCGGGCGGAGCUGAUCGGGAAGGAUGGAGCUCCCUGCCAUUUGGUGUUCCCAGAGUGUAGGUUUUCCAUACUUGACAUAUUCACCGGCGUUCACGACACGAAAACGAAUUCGUUAACGGUUAAGCAUGACAAGUUGAUGCUGAGGCCCUUGUGAAAUUUUGUGUAUUUUCAAAAUUGUACAGACAAUACGAAUAAACUACCAACAUCAUUAUCGUACACUAAAUUAAUGAUUUUGUGUGUGUUACUUCUACGUGAAGUUAAACGAUUUACAAUGAUAUGGAAAUGCUAAUAUCAUCUUCCAAACUUAGACGUACAUGUUCAUGAUAGAAUUAGAGGCGAAAGUAUAGAAUUGAUAGUUCCGUUAGGAUAGAGCACAUCAUAUUAGAAAUUUGGAGACUGUACUCGUCGAUAGAAAAUCCUUCCGCACGCGAUAACAUAUGAGCAAGUCAAACCACCUUCCUUUUGCCAGUGGAGAUAUAUCAGCCUCCACACUGAUAUUCUUCCCUCCCCUUCAUACGGGAGCUUGGCAGAAGAAAGGUCGUGUGAUAUGUGCCAUCACAAAUAUUGCCCUCUGCUUGCUUUCAAAUCGACUUCUAUAAAAACAUUCUUCAUGCCUGCCGUAUCCUAACGGAACUAUCAAUUCUAUACUUUCGCCUCUAAUUCUAUCAUGAACAUGAACAUCUAAGUUUGGAAGAUGAUAUUAGCAUUUCCAUAUCAUCAUUAUCGUAUCCACAAACUUCUUACAGUUGAGAGAUAGUCCAGUCAGAGUAAAUCUUUGAUUAGGUAAUAACGAAUUGUCGCCCUAUCUAGGGCUUCCAUUUUCGGGAAGGAAAUGAAAUUUCCCGGAAUUCCAGAUUCCCGGGAUAUGUUUACAGGUUUUGAGUCUUGUUAGAUUCAGUGAAGGUACUAAUUCAUUAUAUUUCUACUAAUAUUUGCUGUUCGUUCUCUUAAUAAAACUUUGUUUUUUAAAUUGAUGGAGGAAAUGUCCUCUUCCAAUAAACAAACCAAAAUCCUUUUCAUUUCCCUAUAUCCACAUAAUGAUAAUAAAUGAAGUUAUGCAUAAGUAGAGUUGCUACUGAAUUGUGCGAAGCAAUCCUAAACCGUUUAGAAAGAGCCGGAAUAAAGCAAUAGUGUCUUUGAGAACGCAGA